GUGUCGUCAGCUAAGUGUCUCGUCUCGUCACAUCUCUACUCGUAUCGGUUUUUAGGGGCAUAUGUGAGUUGAAUGGUCAGAAUGUAGAGACAUGAAGAGACAUGAAAAUUGACAAUUCACAAGUGUGACGGAGGAGAACUAGCCCUCCCCGCUGGGUAAUCAUUACUGGCAACCACACACACACACACAUACACACAUCGCAUUCACUUACCUCUCAUAAUCCAUCCCGUUUCCCCGGCUGUCGAAGCUGUGAGUGCACGCACACUCUGAUGGCACAUGGACAUGUUUACAUACCACUCUUCCCCUCUGUUAGCAUCCAUAACCCGGACCCUUCAUACACACACAUUGUCUUUGCACACCCGCUGUUUUGUUUGUUUGUUUGUUUUGGUUAGCUGCCUUCGGAUUGACACGCUGUGCCGGCAAACCCGAGUGAUCGAGCGGCGCGCGCUUAUGACGUCAUCAAAGUGCACCGCGCCGGCGCAGUACAUCCGAAGGUUGGCGAGUCCAUUUAUUUUUGUUAAGUGAAGGAGGGUUUUAAUUAAUUUAUACUUACCUGAGAGUUAAGCUCCCGAUUUAGGGGAGGAGUCUGGCCUAUAAAGAGAGAGGCCAGACUCACAGAAGGUACUUGUUUACCAAGUCGACCAAAGUGAGUGGUAGUGGAGGAAGUUGUCUGAUAUAUUGUUGAUAUUUGCUGGUGUAUACGUUUUCAUCAUUAUUUUGCCUUUUUGUUUAUUGAUUUGGUACUUUGGGUUUUUUUUGUCUGCACUUGUAAAUAUAAAUAUAUCACAUUUGGUUAUCUUCUCAUACACUGUAAAUAAACUUCACCUUGUACGAAAGUACUCUUACGGUUUGAGCCAUCGUUAUUGUGGUAUUUUGAGACAUACCCACGUCUCAAAGCGAACUGGUGGUGUUCACUUUAUCACAGUUGGUGGCAGCGGUGGGAUGGCUCCCCGUAAGCAUAAAGGCCGGGCACGGUCUAAGGUGAAGGCAGUGGAGGAGGAUGUGACCUGGAACGCUGCGGAGUCAGUGGAGGACGAGGGAUCGCCUACUGAACGUUCCGGUACAUCACCAAAGCGCAACUUACCACAACGUAAGCCUGUCUCACCAGGGUCUAAGGCUAAUGAUGGGAUGAUGACUCUGAUGCGCCAGUUCUUGGAGGCGCAAGAGCGGAGGGAAGAGCGGCACAUGCUGGAGCUUCGAGGUCUGCGGGAGACCAUAAUGCAGUCUGCACUUCCUGCUCAGUCAUCGAUGGACAUGGGAAGUCUGCGGAUGGAUCUACCAACCCCAGCAGCACCGAGAGUUACGGGUCAUUAUGAUGCAGAUCAUGACGUAGGCUUUCCGAGAUUCCCUGCUCCCAAUCAGCCGUUACAACGGGCAGAGCCGAAGAUACCUGUCUUUCAACAAGGGGAGGACAUCGAGAGUUAUCUUCGGCGGUUCGAGCGUCUUGCUAAGACAUGGAGGUGGCCUCAGGAGGAGUGGAGUUGUCGUCUGGUACCGCUGCUGACAGGGCAGGCGUUGGAGGCGUAUCUGGCCAUGGACGAGGACCAGGCGGAGCAGUACUCUGAGCUGAGGGAGGCACUUCUGGCUAAGUUUGACGUCUCAGCUGAGACGUAUCGUCAACGGUUCCGGGCGGCUACAGUUCCUGCUGGUGAGUCGCCCACAGAGUCAUAUAACCGGCUGAAGAACCUCUUCAAUCGUUGGGUGCGGCCGGAGGAUCACACAAAGGAGGAGAUCGGCGAGAUCGUCAUCCUCGAGCAGCUGCUCAGGGUUCUGCCCUAUGAUGCACGCACGUGGGUGAAGUAGCACGAGCCGAGAUCAGGACUGGAGGCGGCGAAGCUGGCACAAAGGUACCUGAAUGCUCAC